AUGGAGCAACAGCAACAGCAACCCCCGCAGCAGCCGCAGCAACAGCAGCAGCAACAAUCCCAACAGCAAGCUCCUCAGCAGCAGCCCCAGGUUGGCGGCGUCCCUGGGCCUACUGGGCGCAGACUUCAUAUUGCCCAUCGCCGAAGCCCUUCUGAGCUGACACCACUCAUGAGCAUGUUUGCUAACCCUGGAAUGGAGCAGCUUGCCAUUCAGCAGCAGAUUGAGCUGUUGCAGCAACAGCAACAGCAGAUUCAAGCUACGCAUCAGCAAUAUGUGAACAUGGGAAUGGUGCCUCCGGGACAGCCCAUCGGCCCCGGUGGUGCGUUCAAUCCUUUGCAGCCAAUGCCCAAUAUGUCGCAAGCUGCUUUCCAGUUCCCCAACCAGGUGCCUCAGCAGAACAUGGCUCCUCCUACUCAGCCACUCUCACAUCGCCGUAAUCAGUCGGCACUCCCCAACAUGGGCAUGGGACCCCCCCCCGCGCCUUCCUCUGGCGCUGCUGCAUCUGGCUUCGGCAACUUCGAAGCCCCUCAAGCUCAACGCGAGAACACUGGAGGCCGGGGCGGUCGUGGUGGUCCUGCCGGCGGAGGUCAUCAGAGAAGACAUUCUCUGGCCCUCGCCGACGCCAAGAAGGCUGCCGAAAUCGCCCAACAGAAGCGAACCACCAAUGACUUCUCAUUCCCCGCCUCUCCUGCCCCUGGUGAUGAGAACAAGGCCUCUUCUGGCGGUGCCCUUGAUGUCCCUGUUGCUCAGGGAUCUACCCGCGGUGGGCGUGGUGGUCAUGGUCGCAGCCAAAGCAUGGCUGUCAAUGGACGAGGUGGUGGCCGUGGCUUGAACGCUGAGAGUAACGAAUUUCAGCGCCGCGGUAGCGGCCACGCUCGCAGCGGAUCUCGCAACUUUGAAGGUAACUGGCGUACUCAGACUCAGGGCCAGGAUCAGCCUAGCAACGCUGGGCAGAACCAAGGUUUCCAGCCUGGUCAUCGAUCUCGCGGAUCCAUGAGCCAAUCCGUCUCUGCCAUGGGAGGUUUCCAGUUUAACCCUGGCCAGCCUCAAGUCAUGCAGAUGCCCAACCAGAUGAUGAUGCCCCAGAUGUACGGACAGCAGCUCAACCCUAUGCAGCUGAACCAGUUGCAGGCUUUGCAAGCCGCCCAGAUGAACGGUCAGCAAUUCAUGGGUCUCCAGGGCUCCCAGCAUGCUGGUCAGAUGGGUGGUCAGCAGCAGCAACAGCAGCGCAAGACCCUUUUCACACCUUAUCUUCCUCAGGCUUCUCUCCCUGCUCUUCUGGCUGAUGGCCAGCUCGUUUCCGGCAUCCUCCGUGUCAACAAGAAGAACCGUAGCGAUGCUUAUGUCACCACCCAGGAUGGCCUCCUUGAUGCUGAUAUCUUUAUCUGCGGUAGCAAGGACCGAAACCGUGCUCUUGAGGGCGAUCUGGUUGCCAUCGAGCUUCUGGAUGUUGAUGAAGUUUGGGGCCAGAAGCGCGAGAAGGAGGAGAAGAAGAAGCGCAAGGAUAUCACUGAUACCCGAUCUGGAUCCACCAAUCAAGGUAACCAAAACUCGGGCAACAACAACGACAGCAACCCUCCUGAGGGUGGACUCCGCCGUCGUGGUAGUUUGCGCCAGCGCCCUACCCAAAAGAAGAACGAUGACGUUGAAGUUGAGGGCCAGAGUCUCCUCCUUGUUGAAGAGGAGGAAAUCAACGACGAGCAGAAGCCUUUGUACGCCGGCCAUGUUGUCGCCGUCGUUGAGCGUGUUGCUGGUCAAAUGUUUUCCGGUACUCUCGGCCUGCUCCGCCCCAGCAGUCAAGCUACCAAAGAGAAGCAGGAGGCUGAGAGGGCUGCCCGUGAAGGCAGCAACUCUCGCCACCCCGAGCCUCGCCAGCAGGAGAAGCCCAAGAUUGUUUGGUUCAAGCCUACCGACAAGCGUGUACCCCUUAUUGCUAUCCCCACUGAGCAAGCCCCCCGCGACUUUGUCGAGAAGCACCAGGACUAUGCGGAUCGAAUCUUUGUGGCCUGCAUAAAGCGCUGGCCCAUCACUUCGCUCCACCCCUUCGGAACCCUUGUUGAGCAGCUUGGACGUAUGGGUGAUCUUAAGGUUGAGACCGAUGCUCUCCUCCGCGACAACAACUUUGCUUCGGACGAGUUUUCUGAUGCCGUCCUUCGUAGCGUCGGUCUUCAGGACUGGUCUCUUGAGAAGGAGGAUGAGGCUGCCAUUGCUGAGCGUCGUGAUUACCGCGAUGAAACUACCUUCACAAUUGACUACAACGGAGGCGCUGAGCUCGGCAAUGCCGUCCAUGUCAAGUCUCGUUCCGAUGGCAAGAUUGAGAUCGGUGUUCACGUUGCUGACAUUGCUCACUUUGUCAAGCCCAACUCCCUUGUGGAUCGUGAGGCUAAGAAGCGAGGUACUUCCGUUCAGCUCAAGAACCGCUUCUGCGCAUUGUUGCCUCCUAAGCUGUCCACCGAGGUUUGCUCUUUGACUCCCGAACAGGAUCGACUUGCUGUGUCGGUCGUCUUCAGUGUGAACCCCCACACCGGAUCUGUCGCGGAAGGUGACGCUUGGGUUGGCCGUUCUAUUGUCAAGAGUGCUGGCAAGGUUUCUCUCGAUGAUAUCGACGAUGCUCUUACCAACCCUUCAGAGUACAAAAACUCAGCAGUUCCUGUCAACACCAUCCAGAUCCUCAACGCUGUUUCGCAAAAGUUCCGCGAAAACCGUCUUGGCGCAGGCGGCGAGCCAAUCGCUCCUCUCAGGCUGCUGCAGCAACUUGACGAUGAGAACGACCCUGUUCAAGACAACUUGUUUGACUCAACUCAGGCCCUCGAGCUUGUGGAAGAGUUGAUUCACAAGGCCAACGCUCAUGUGGCACAGCGCCUGGUUGAGGGACUUCCUGAAAAGGCCUUCCUGCGACGCCAGUCGGCCCCUAACCCUCGCCGACUCCAGACUUUCGUUGAGCGUAUGACCGCACUUGGUUACGACAUCGAUUCAUCCGGCAGCGGCGCUCUCCAGAACAGCCUCUUCAAGGUUGACGAUCCCGAUCUACGAAAGGGUAUGGAGACGCUUGUCGUCAAGUCCAUGCAGCGAGCCAAGUAUUUCAUUUCAGGAAAGACUAGCAAGCAAGUAUGGCCUCACUAUGCUCUAAACCUCCCCUUGUACACUCACUUUACCAACCCCACCCGACGUUACGCCGACAUCAUUGUCCACCGUCAACUGGAGGCUGUCCUGUCUGAGGGCAAGAUUGAGUUUACUGAUGACUUGGAGAACUUGGUCAAGACAGCCGAGUCUUGCAACACCAAGAAGGAUUCUGCCCAGAACGCUCAGGAGCAGAGCGUUCACAUUGAGUCUUGCAGGACAAUGGACAAGAAGCGUCAGGAGGCCAACGGCGAUCUUAUUGCCGAGGGUAUCGUUCUGUGCGUGUACGAAUCGGCGUUCGACGUACUCAUCCCUGAAUGGGGAUUCGAAAAGCGAGUUCACUGCGAUCAGCUUCCUUUGAAGAAGGCUGAGUUCCGAAAGGAGAAGCGUGUUCUUGAGCUUUACUGGGAGAAGGGUGUUACCAGCUCGGCGUUCGUGCCUGAGGAUGAGCGACCUAAGGCCGCCGCAUCCAUCCGACACUCGAACGCUAUCGCCGCUCAGCGCCAGGCUGAGGAGGCUGAACGUGUCCGAAAGGAGCGCGAGGAGGCUACCCGUAAGCAAACCGACACCGGCACUAUCUCUACCGAUGAUGUCGACGCGCUCUUCGACGAUGAUGACGAUAACAACUCGGAUGUGACUGAGGCCAUGGCUGGAGCCUCAUUGGCCGAACGCCCUACCCAGAGCGUUCCUGGCUCACCAGCUCGAUCUUCAUCCAACGCUGGCAACCUCCACCGCACCCGUUCCGACUCCAAGGUGCCUGUUGCGGAGUCUGUUGAGACUCGUCUCAGCAACAAGGAGAAGUACCUCAAGCUCUUCUCGCUGCGCGAGGAGGGCGGAGACUAUAUUCAGGAUGUGACUGAGAUGCAGAGGGUGCCGGUGAUUCUGAAGACUGACCUCACCAAGAGCCCACCUUGCCUGACCAUCCGAUCUCUGAACCCUUAUGCUCUGUAA